UGAUUUUUAAAAAAACACCGCCCGCCUGGUAGAUGAUGAGGUACAAACCGAGUGUCUCGCGUUUCCUCUAUGAUUGCACGUUGUAAAUAACUGAGUUUUUAUUGUGUUUUUAUUGUGUUUGAGGAUUUAUCUCUCGUCAGGAGGUUUGAAUUAUGUCGCUCCUGCAUUGCUCGAGUAGAAGCAGUCCAGAAAUGUCUCGCAGGUUUCUGUAAAACAGAGAGGGAGCUGAUAAAGAGGACAGCGUAGUGUCUGUUUUGUUUUUUGCAUAUAUUUGCAUGGAAACAAAUCCCCUGCAGACAUGAAGAUCACAGACAGCGUGCUGCGGAGUUUCAGGGUCGCCAGGACGUAUCGAGAAAAUUCCCAGAAAGUAAACUGUGUGGACUUCAGCCCAAACGGAGAAAAUGCAGUGUCAAGCAGCGACGACGACUGCAUUGUGUUAUAUGACAUCCGGAAAGGAAAACCUAAAAGGACACUGUUCAGCAAGAAGUAUGGAGUAGACCUCAUCCGUUACACACAUGGAGAUACACAGAAAGUGGUCUACAGCUCCAACAAACUGGAUGAUACCAUCCGAUACCUGUCGCUCACUGACAACAAGUUCAUCAGAUAUUUCCCAGGUCACACUGCAAGAGUUAUUGCUCUCUCCAUGUCACCAGUGGAUGAUACGUUUAUCUCAGGCUCACUGGAUAAGACGAUCCGGAUCUGGGACCUGCGCUCUCCAAACUGUCAAGGCUUAACUAAUCCACUGGGGAAACCUGUGUGUUCCUUUGACCCUGACGGGCUGAUAUUUGCUGCAGGGGUGGAAUCACAAGCCAUUAAAUUAUACGACGUCCGAGCUUUUGAUAAGGGUCCCUUUGCCUCCUUUGAGACGAGGUUUAAUCGUGUCUGUGACUGGACUGGACUCAAAUUCAGUAACGACGGGAAACAGAUUCUCAUCUCCACCAAUGGAGGGAUGAUUCGUGUCCUCAAUGCUUUCAAUGGAUCUGUGCUGCACACCUUUUCUGGCUACAACAACAGUAAAGGCAUCUCACUGGAGGCCUGCUUCACUCCCGACUCGCAGUUUGUCAUGAUUGGUUCAGAGGACGGGAGAGUCCAUGUUUGGAGCACUGAGAGUGGGAUGAAGGUGGCUGUGUUGGACGGGAAACAUCCAGGACCCAUUAACACUCUGCAGUUUAACCCCAGAUACAUGACGUUUGCUAGCGCCUGCACUAACAUGUUGGUGCUUGAUUGGUACAGAGAGCCAGCACAGAGCUGGGACAAGGAUUAUGAUCAGUUCCUGCUUCCUCUGCUCACGCCUCAGGAACCCUGCUACAUCCUCUAUCGUCUGGACUCCCGGAAUGCUCAGGGUUAUGAGUGGAUCUUCAUCGCCUGGUCACCUGACCAAUCACCAGUGAGGCAGAAGAUGGUGUAUGCAGCCACUCGUGCCACACUGAAGAAAGAGUUUGGAGGAGGUCACAUUAAAGAUGAAAUGUUUGGCACAGUCGAGGACGACCUGUGCUUCCAGGGAUACUUGCGACACAUGUCCUCCUGCUCCUCCCCGGCUCCACUCACAAUGGCUGAGCAGGAAUUGCAACGAAUUAAAGUCACAGAGGAUAAAGUUGUAUGGGAUGAACGUAGACGAAUCGGGACUCCAACAGCACGAGCGAGGGUUACAAUGGAGUUCGGCUUAGAUAAAAGAGCACAAACUCUCCAAGGUCUUGCAUUCCCGUUACAAGAAGAGGCCAAACGAGCUCUGCAGCAACUCAAGCAGAGACGCAUCAACUAUAUACAGCUGAGACUGGAUGUAGAGAAAGAAACCAUUGAGCUGGUUCACACCAAACCUACAGAGACCCAUGAGCUUCCAUACAGGAUUCCCACAGAUUCACCCAGAUACCACUUCUUCAUCUUCAAACAUUCCCACCAGGGCCAGAUGCAGGAGGCGCUGGUGUUCAUAUAUUCGAUGCCUGGGUACACCUGUAGUAUCAAAGAACGGAUGUUGUAUUCCAGCUGUAAGAACAGACUACUGGAUGAGGUGGAGAGAGACUACCAGCUGGAGGUCACCAAAAAGAUGGAGAUAGACAGUGGCGACGGCCUGACAGAAGACUUCCUGUAUGAGGAGGUUCACCCGAUGGAGCACACCUUAAAGCAGGCCUUUUCCAAGCCCCGUGGACCAGGAGGAAAACGAGGCAACAAGCGCCUCAUCAAGGGUGCAGGGGAGAACGGGGAAGAAAUGUAGACAUUAUACACACACUAGACAUUGUAUACAAGCACACAAGCAAACCAGAACGAUAUGUAUGAAUUGACUUGUUAUUUGACUGUUUAGCUUCUAGCCAUUUCUUCUUUUUACUUACGCAAAUACAUUUCCCACUGAAACCAGGACAAAAUAGAUCCACCGUAAAGCAGAUUUCAUAAUGUUUCCCCGUGGUGAAAGAUGUGAACACAUAUAUGUUCAUAGUUUCUAGACAGAUUUUUAACCAGGAUGACAGGCUGAUAUGUGGACACAUCUAAAUUUAAUUUGAUUUCAUUAUACAUGAAAACAUGUUAGUCAUGACGAAGCCUCAGUAUUUGGAAGUAGAUUACUUUAAUGUGAAAAACAUCUGCAAAGUUGUUUAUCUGCUUAAAUCCUAUUUAUCCAACAGUGUGUCUGUCAUUACAAACCAUUGUGCAGCCAAACUCUCUCUCUUUUUUUUUUUUUAGUCCUGGAGAACUUCAUUUUUAAUUGCUGUGGAGAUACAAAAUCUUCCAGAGAUACCAAACAUGUAAGGCUGAAUUUUGGGGGGGAUGCACAAAACUAAGUUACAGUCGCCUCUAGCUUAGCACAAAGACUAGAAACAGAGGGAAACAGCUAGCCUAGCUCUGUCUAAGGGGUAAAUCUGCCUCCCAGCACAGCUAACACUCUCUAACUAACAUUUUAUAUCUUUUUUUUUCUGUGUAGAAAAACCAAAGAGUAAAAAAAAACAAAACAAGUUUUCUCAGCAGUGUGGGUGGUUAUCCCAGUUGCCAGGCAACAGAGACUUCACAUGAAAACUGGAUGUUAAAGGGUUCAAAUGCUUUUUCUUUUCUUUUUUUUUUACAGUUAUAUUAAUUUACAUUUGCCAAUUACUAUCCAUGUUGACAGCAACAUUUCUCACCUGAGUUGCCUUCUCUUGUCUCUUUAUUUAUUUGUAUCCCUGCGUUAAUAUUGAUUCAGCUAUUGGGAAAUGGCUAUGAUAAUCUCUGCUUUAAGGUGGAUUUACAACCCUUUAUAUUGCCUAGGUAUAGGGCCCAUGCUGUGCCCGUGCUUCACUCUUAUGCAAAUUCACCCACAUCACGUUUACAGUUGCCUUUGCGAGUCACCUGAGCGAGGUUUGACUACACACUCAACCAAAGGCUGCUGUUUUACAUGGCCCUACAAUAAAAAUAUUUUCUUUA